AUGGCCUCCUCCCAUGUGAUGAAGGACAAACGCGGAGCCAGUGCCAAGGAUGCAACCCGCCAUGAUGAUGUUCUCCAGCAAGUACUGGGCCAGGAGGGGGAUGUCGCUGGACUCGGCCAUGUUCGACCAGCAGCAGCAACGCCACACUGGGGGCCAGAUGGGCUUUAAGGAUAAUGUUUACCGUGAGAGGAGGAAAUACUUUGUGGAGGUGGCUAUGAAUUAUAAAUUCGGACAGCCCAUCCCUCAUAUCGAGUACACGCCCGAGGAGAUCAAGACGUGGGGCGUGGUCUUCAGAGAGCUCACCAAACUGUACCCGACGCACGCCUGCAGAGAAUACCUGAAGAACCUGCCGCUGCUCAGCAAACACUGCGGCUACCGAGAGGACAACAUCCCGCAGCUGGAGGACGUCUCCUUGUUCCUCAGAGAGAGAUCGGGUUUCACGGUCCGACCGGUCGCAGGUUAUCUGUCUCCUAGAGACUUUCUGGCCGGUUUGGCGUACAGAGUGUUCAACUGCACUCAGUACGUCCGUCACAGCACCGACCCGCUCUACACACCUGAACCUGAUACGUGUCACGAGCUGCUGGGUCACGUUCCUCUGCUCGCGGAUCCAAAGUUUGCUCAGUUCUCUCAGGAGAUCGGCCUGGCGUCUCUGGGAGCGUCGGACGAGGACGUUCAGAAACUGGCCACCUGUUACUUCUUCACUAUUGAGUUUGGACUCUGCAAACAGGACGGUCAGCUCAGAGCUUAUGGAGCCGGUUUACUGUCGUCUAUCGGAGAACUAAGGCAUGCCUUGUCUGACCAGGCCUGUGUGAAGAUGUUUGACCCGAAGACGACCUGCAACCAGGAGUGUCUCAUCACCACCUUCCAGGACGUUUACUUUGUCUCGGAGAGCUUCGAGGAGGCCAAGGAGAAGAUGAGGGAGUUCGCUAAGACGAUAAAGAGGCCGUUCUCCGUGUAUUACAACCCGUACACUCAGAGCGUCGACCUGCUCAAAGACACCAGAGGCAUCGAGAACGUGGUGCAGGACCUACGCAGCGACCUCAACACCGUGUGCGACGCUCUGGGGAAGAUGAACACCUACAUGGGAAUAUGA